GACAAACUAGCUUUUUUAGUAAUUUCCACAUUUUCAAAUUAAAUUUUCUCAAAGACAUUUAAGUCUCUGUUCAUACUAUGCAUGUUACUGUUUUAUUUUCUAACAAUUUUUUUCUUGUUUAUUUGCAGUAAGUAGAAAUGACAAAAGCAUCCCUUCAAAGCGCACGAAAACGACUUCAAACAUUUCCCAGGCUUGUUCAAAGUUGUUCGGGUGAAGCUGCAGUAUACGCGAAGUGUGUAGUGCAGAAACACGAAGAUAUUUCGCCUCAUGCUUGCGAGAAAGAAUUUCGCUUGUUCAAAGAAUGUUUAGAAAAAGCUGCAAGAAAAUUGAAGACAAGAAUUUAAAUUUUUUUUUAGGUUACAUGUUGGAUACCGGAACAGUUUUUUAUAGCAAUGACGUCAAAAUCAACAGUUUUUGAUCGUUAUUUUUGUGAAACUGCGACUUUGAGACGUUAUUUGAUGAAUCAUAAUGUUGCGCUGACGAACGCAGAACUUUAUUCCUCCCUCCUCGAUUCCGUCACUGUUGCCACUACGUGUAGCAGCAAACCGAUACAAGAAAAGUUUUCCUCAGACACAGCUUUCUCCACCAGGGACGUGAUUCUUCACGCAGUGGACCACCUGUGUGCUCUCAAACUUCCCAGUGUUCUCUCUUAUGGUUAUUGUUUCUCCUGGGAAGGUAGCAAGAAGCAAUGCAUCACGGGUACUCGCUUGCUGACGAAGUAUAUCAACACCAUCGUAGUGUACUUGCAAAGUACUCCGUGGGAAAUGUUGCAUCGUGCAAUCGGUGAUGACGUCAUGUUUUAUUUGCUGGUGAAGACAAGUUUGUUUGUGUUGGUCGAACGCGGUUGUUAUGUACAGUUAACUGGUCCUCCAUUGAACGAGAUUAGUAAGGAGGCUAGACGUUGCCAUAAUAAAUGCAAAGAAGGAACAAAACCAGAAUGUUACAGAAAUCAAGUGGGUAAGAAUCCAUUAUUUAAAAGUGAUCAACGGGGGAGCACAGAUCUAUUAACUAUUUCUGGCAUCGGAUGUGGAAAAAAACGAAAGUUACACAUGGAAAAUUUAACUAAUAAGAAACGGAAAUUGGAUAGGAGUAAUGGAGACAGUAUAUCAGCCAAUCGUAAGGUAUUGGUGGUGGAUAAAUGUAAAAGAAAAUAUAAAAGGAAUGUCACUAAUACCCUGUCAAAACAACCUACGAGUGAGUGUAAAAAAACGAAUUCUGUCAACCUCAGAGGUGCAAGAAGACACGUGUUUAUACAAAGAAAUAAAAUGUUAUACGCGAAAGUCCUUAAAGAUGGCUUCCACAAGAAAUUUAUUUUAAACAAAAUUCCAUCUUCCAACCUUGGCGUUUGGAAGCUAAUGAACGCUGUUUUUAACUUCUCUUCCGAAAAAUGCAGAAUAAAACGUAUACCUCGUCACUUGUUAGGAAUGAAAAAUUUAUUUCUGAUUUUGAUUGAAAACUUCAAAAUUUGCAAGCUAAACAAACUUUUAAAUUUCUACUGUCCAGUUGCAAAGUGGAUAAAAGGCUGGAGGAAAGCAACCAAUGAUCGAACAGCACCAACCAAGAUGACGUUCAGUGAAAAAGUGCGAUAUAAAUUUGCAGUCAAAUCUUCCGUUGAGCCGCGUAAGGUGUACAACUUCUCAAGAGCAGUUUUAAACAAAGUGAUUCCCGAUUUACUAUGGGGAUGUCCCCAAAAUAAAAAUAAUUUUUUAAAGUCCCUGUUGACAUUUUUGUUGCUUGGACGUUAUGAAAAGAUCUUACUUAAUAAUAUCAUGACCGGCAUCAAGUUGUCCUCAUUUGAUUGGUUGUUUGGAAAAGAUGGAAGCAGUCAUAAGCAUGCGCAGUAUUCAUUAAAACAGCACGACACCGUUUCGAAUGUUUUUCUCUGGAUGUUCAAUGGAUUUGUUGUGCCUCUUCUCCGCAGUUGUUUUUACAUCACGGAGACGGGGUGUCAUAAAAAUAAAUUGUUUUAUUAUCGUAAGCAAACGUGGAGAGUGAUUCUUCAUGAAGGAUUGAAACCAGUGAUUGGUCACGUUUACCGGCCUGUGUCGCUUGCGUUUGUUGAUGAGAAGUUAAAAAAUAAAGACUGCUUAGGUGUGUUUGAUGUUAGACUUAUACCUGGGCAAAACAAGCUUCGACCUAUAGCGAACAUGAGUCGUUGUUUUCACGAGACGGAAAACAAAAAAAAACUUCUGGUGAAAACCAUCCUAAAGAAUGUCCAUCUUUCUCUACAGCACGAGAUUGAAAAGAAUCCAUCUAUCUAUGGCGCAACUGUUAGCAACUCUACUGAGGUGUAUCAUCGUUGGGAAAGAUUCGUGCGUCAUGUAAAAUCUCGACAUGAAGUCCUGCCACCAUUUUACUUUGCAUCGUUGGACAUCAGUCGUUGUUUUGAUACGUUACCUCAUGACCAGCUACUUAACUACAUGCCUGAAGUGUUGAGCGCGGAUUCUUAUUUGAUUCGUACAUUCACGAGACUUAGGUGCGCACAAAAUGGCAAGCUGUCUUCCAAAUUGUUUAGGAUUGCUACAGAUGGUACUGAUUGUGAUAAUUUUGUGGAUUUCAUCCGACACCGUCAAAGAAGUGGUCUCCUGACCGGCAGAAAUAUGGUUUUUAUCGACAAAGUCUACCGCUGGACAGAAUCGCGAGAAAAACUCAUUGAUUUGGUGUCAAAACAUAUUAAAUGCUCUAUCGGUCGUGUUGGGGAUAACUUUGUUGUACAAGAUACAGGUGUACCUCAAGGUUCAAUCCUUGCUACAAUGUUAAACAAUCUUCACUACGGCAAAAUGGAGAAGGAGUAUUUAACGCAGUUUAAUUCACCAAAUUGCUUACUCAUGCGUUGGGUGGACGAUUACAUACUUGUCUCAACAUCCAAACCCCUGGCAGAGCGGUUCGUCUUAACUAUGCACCAAUCUAUGUCGUCCUUUGGUUGCCAUGUGAACCGUAAAAAGACGUUAUUAAACUUCCACCAGAGAUUAUUCAAGUUUGACUUAGCGUGUGUCCAUGGGAAUUGGUUUCCAUGGUGUGGUUAUUUUAUAAAUACUCAGACAUUGGAAUUCAGUUACAAUUACGUCCAAUACAUAGGUGAAAACAUCCAGGAUGGGAUGAACAUUCAGUGUGGAGCAUCGCCAGGUUUAAAGUUGCGACAAAAAUUGAUUCAAACAACCACAGUGAAAGCAUCAGCAUUGAUUGUAGAUUCUGUAAUCAACUCACACCAUACUGUUCAUAAAAAUAUCUACCAUCUUUUCCGCUUUAUUGCUGUAAAAUUUAUUGCUCAUAUUCGUAAAGCUUCCAAAGCUGGAAGAUUCAAGUUGCGUAUACCAUUCCUACUAAGAUUAAUUCAAGAUCUGCCGGCGACCUUUUUACGAUCGUGUCGUAAUAGCCUACACCGACGACGACUACAUGCAAAACGAUUAAAUUCCUCCCUCGUAAACAGCGACGAGAGUACGACAUCUUCGCCGUCAUUAAAACGUCAGAAGUUGAUCGUGGAACCUGACCUCGCAAGAUUUUUAUGCUUUCAAGCAUUUGUUGAUACUUUGCGACAGAAACAAACGUUGUAUGGAAGACUUAUAGUGUUGUUAAUUCGCGAAUUGAAAGAUUUAAAAUAUUUCAGUUCUGAUGUUGAUUUGAACUUGCUGAAGAAACAAUCUACCAUGUUUGGUUUGAUUAUAACAUGAAAUUUAUUAUUUUUUUACAUGCUGUAUUUUUAAAUUCAUUCACUUUUACUUCUUUUUGUGUGU